CAAACCCGAUUUCCUUGGCAACUGGCUUUUAAAAAAGGGAACCCCAACGGGCGAGGGCGGCUGUUGAUGUUGCUUUACGGCAUCCUCUUCGGCCUGUGAGAGAAAGGGGGCGAGUGCGCAUGCGUGUUGGGAGCCAGACUGCUUGGCUCGUGAUAAAAGUGGAAUCGGGAGCCGGAGGAGGAUCUCGUCUCCCUGGGACGCCGGCGAAGAGCCCUGGGAUGGCGGCUGCCGUGGGAGGGCCCCUGAGGAGCCCGGCCGCCUGCUUGUGGGCCCGGUUCUGACAGGAAAGAGCGUGCGGACGGUGGGGAAGCUCUGUUGAAACUGGAUGAAGAAAAAGAAUGGAUAUGGGUAAUCAACAUCCUGCCAUCAAAAGGCUGCAAGAAAUACAGAAAGAAGUUAAGGAAUUGGAACCACAAGUAGCAACUUUCAGUGGUCUGUCCAGUGACAGAGCAUAUAAGAAACUAGAGAGAUCUUUGACUAAACAGCUUUUUGAAAUAGAUUCUGUGGAUGCUGAAGGCAGGGGCGAUAUUCAACAAGCCAGAAAAAGGGCUGCCCAGGAAACUGAAAGACUGCUUAAAGAACUGGAACAGAUUGCAAACCACCCCCAAAGACUGGAGAUAGAGGCUAUAUUUUACGAAGCCCAAAUAUUAGUGGAGCAAGAAAUUGCAGCUUUUUCCAAAGGAGGCAACUGUGUGACUGAGGAAUUUGAAGAAGGUAUUCAGGAUAUCAUUUUUAGACUCACUCAGGUGAAAACAGGAGGGAAAAUCUCUUUACGGAAAGCCAGGUAUCGCACAUUGACCAAAAUAUGUGCUGUCCAGGAGAUCAUAGAAACUUGUACAAAACAGCAGCCCUCCCUACCAUUGUCUGGUGAUACACAUCCUUCUGUUGCCAAGAUUAAUUCUGUCAUGGUUGAGGUGAACAAAGCAAAAGGGACCCUUAUUGGUGUUUUAAUGGGAGUAAAUAACAACGAGACCUGCAGACAUUUAUCUUGUGUGCUCACAGGCUUGAUUGCUGAUCUGGAUGCCUUAGAUGUCUGUGGCCGACCAGAAAUAAGAAACUAUCGUAAAGAAGUUGUAGAAGAAAUUAACAGAUUGCAGAAAUACUUGGACCUGGAUGAAGAAGCUGAUAGCACUUAUGCUUAUGAUUUGGCACAAAACAGGUCCAUUAUAAAAAUAGAAGAAAUCCGCAGAAAGAUGAAAGACAUUCAUGCUUCCCUUUUAAAGGGCGAGAGAGCUUCAGAUUUGUACCUGAAGUCAAAGACAGAGUUACAAGGGUUAAUUGCUCAGUUGGAUGAAGUGAGUCCUGGCAAAAAUCCAUGCAUCCGAGAAGCCAGAAGGCGAGCAGUGAUAGAAGUACAAACCCUCAUAACGUAUAUUGACUUAAAGGAGGCACUUGUCAAACGGCAAGUUUUUGUGGAACAAACAGAGGCCGAGCCUCCAGCACACAAAGCUGUUUGGCAUAUUCUUGGAAACGUGGCCCAGAUUCAGCAAGAGGUGCUGUCUUUUGAUGGGAACAGAACUGAUAAGAACUACAUGAGACUGGAGGAACUUCUUACAAAACAGCUUCUAUCACUGGAUGCUAUAGACCCUCAAGGAGACGAGCGCCCCAAAGUAGCCAGGAAACAGGCAGUGAAGCUUGCACAGAAUAUUCUUUACUACUUGGACAUGAAAACAGAUGAAUGGGAGUACUAAGAUAAGACACUGUAUGCUAGAUGUUGCUUUAAGUCUUGCAGUCUUUGCCAACCUGUCUCCUACAAACACAACAUCGAAAUUGUUUCAUUUACUAAUCUCUUUGAGGUCAAGUAAAUGUUGGAAUGGGGCAUGCAGCAGCUUUUUAAUGCUGUUGUUUUCUGGCAGUGAUAGCAGCCCACAAGGAACUUGUGUUACACUUUUUGUUACAGCCCCCCUUUUCUCCCCCAGAAAACUUUAGAUCAUAUUAUUUGUGAUGAUUUGGUCGGAGCACCCUGCAUAUGGUACUUCUACACUAAGAGAAUGUAAUCUCUCAAAGGUGUUUUCUCAAAUCAGACAGGGUGAAAUAACUGAAGAGAAGACCUGGAACUAAUGUCUGUUAGCCAUAAACCAACUUAAAUGUUGGUGUGUGAUACAACACAAUCACAAUCCAAAGGAUUAAAUACAAAUUAAUCAUUGCUUUUUCGUGUGUUUAAUUUUGCUGAAAUUUCACCUAAGGUCUGAUUUGAUUACAUUCAACUUGUAGUCAUUUAAGUCUAUUAUUAUGGGGUAGUGGGUAAUAACAGUGUUAACAUAUAGAAAUCUGUUGCAGGCUAUGUGAUCUGAAGCAGUCUGCUAAUUUCACAAGGUUGAGUCAGUAGUCUGCAGAUAUAGUGAUUCAGACUGUUUAUGCUAUUUAAAGAGAAAGUAAUUAUCUUUAAAAACUGGGAUUGCAACAGAACAAAGGAAUUCUAGACAUUAAAAAUGGAAGUAAUAAAAUAGAUUGAAAAAAUACUAUAGAAUCCCCAAUUGUACCCUCGAUAGCUGGUGAGGCAAUCUUGUCAAAUUUUGUAUGCCCAAAAUCAUUCACUUUUUUGAUGGGCAUUAGAUCACUUGUCAGUUAUUUAAUUGCAUUUUUCUGAACCCAGUGAAAAAUUGUUGCUUGCUUUGUUAAUGGAAAAUCAGGCAAGUGCUUUUAUAGCUGGGUUUGGCCUGGAAAUUCCGGUGUUUGUUAAAAUGUCAUCUGUUAUUCAUAUUUUCCCAAUCCUUUGGCUUAGUUUCUUCAGGCUACAUCACUUGCUGAUAAGUGAUGACAACAAGCAUUACAUGUGCUUAAUCUACUCUUGCCCAGUUUUUAAUCUUUCGAACAAUUAGAAUAACAAACUCUUUAUAGUGUUUCUAUUUUUAAUUGUGGAAUGGCUGUCUGUGUUAGGUGUCUAGAAUAGGCUGCAUGAAAGAAAGCUUCUUGUAGUUUUUCUCUUGCCUUCCUUUGUAGAGACUGACAAUUUAAUAACUGUCUUACUGUAUGCCUAAAUACUCUAGGCUUGAGUUCAGUUUAGGUUUGUUCUUCCCUUUUGCUUGUUGAUUCAGGAAGAUAGAAACCAACAUCAUAGUUUUUCAGCUGCAUUGAUAAUGGCUUGCAGAAAUUUCAAGUAGAAAAUAAAAUAAUACAAGUGAAAUUGGCAUUUUUUCGCACAGGUUUUAUAAUCAAAAUUGCUGGUUUGUUGAGGAAUAUUUCUUUGUAAUUCCUCUAUAAUGUAUCAGUUCUAUAUAAAGCAUUUUUGUCUAUAAGUAGAGUUUUAACGUGCAGUUAAAAGAAGCCAAAUUGGUCAUAGGAACCAAGUGCCUUUUUAAGUGACACUUGAAUAGCACCUUGUAGCUUUGACUGUUUCUAGUUGGCUUCAUGGUGGUUUCUAAGUGAAAUGUCUUCUGUACCCUUUGGAUUUUUUUUAUCCUUUAUGCUAUGAUAGGGAUUUCAAAUACUAUAGUAUUUUCUGAAACACAGCCUCGGCAUAUUACAGACAGCAGAGGUCAAGAUGAUUGAAUUUAUGGCCUAGAUUGAGGGUGUUGAGGUUGGGAUUUCCUUGACUCGCUAUGUUGCCCUGUGCAUCCCUUUUGCUGCUUAGAAGGAGUGAUAGUGGCUCUUUUUGCACUUACACAAAAUGUUCUCUUUUUGGUUAGUUACCUGCUUAGAAAAUCUUUUGCCAAGUAAAAUGAUGGCUUUAUUAAGCUUAUAUAGGUUUAAUAGAAUCAUAUACUAAAUAAUAUACCAUUAAUUUCUUUACUGUGCUCUUUCCUGAAAAUAUUAUUCCUGUUUUCUAUUUUUUAUUUCUUCAUUAAUUGGCUAGAAUCUAUGAUUAAAAUAACUUCACUUUCACUAGGCUUCCUUUAUUUUAGUAAUAAGGUCUUUGGUCCAGAAGCUUGUUGACAUGCAGGUAGAGUUGUGUGUCUGGAAAUUUCUACUGGUUUAAUUUUCAAGACCACUCUCCAUGUUAUCUUUUUACUGACCUCCUUUUUGCUUACUGUUUUACCUAAAUUCAGAUUCAGUGAUAAAGCCAAUGCUCAUAUAGAGGUUUCAUACAUUUUGGAGCACUUGUUACAGGUAAUGACCUCCUGGAUCAGACUGCAGAUUUAAUGUAUAUAUUAUUAAGAAAUAAACUAAGCAGUGCUAAUUCAAUCCUAUCAAUCUCAGAAUGCUUUCUGAUCCACAUCAGGCUUCUGUGAAUGAAGGAUGGAGGAGGUGAUUUUCACAUAUUUUUCCUUUAGUCUUGAGCCCCUUGCAUUGUAUACAUAAUAUCUGCUUCAGAGCAUGAAUAGUGUGAGCAGUAUGGCAGGAUACUGUAGGAUAAAGAGGAAAUUUGCAAAAUUGAAGCAAAGAACAUUCUGGAUAAGAUAAAAACUUAUGUUAGUAAUGUUUCAGUAACAGAUUCAAAGGUUUCAUUCUUAUCUGAUGGAAAUAUCCUCUCAGCUGAAGUCUGUGCAAGUGACGCUCCUUCUGGUGGAAGAGUGAGGAGAUUUUAAGAUCUAAGCCAUGGUACUUUAAUAAUUAUCAGUUAUUGUAGCUUUCAAUUUUUGUAACUGUUUAAAUAUAUUUUAUAUGCCUUGAGGAUAUUGCUGCUCUAAAGUUAUAAAUGUCGACUUCCAUUCUUUGGAGGCAAGUUUGAAAGUUGCAGUUAUACUGAGGGAAUACGUAUAAAGAUAUAGUUACGAAUAGGUACUGCAAUAGUAACUUGUAGGGUUAAAUUCCCAAUUUGUCCUUUAAAAAAGACUUUCUAUGUCAUGAAUUUAAAUGUGCAGUGCUUUAUACUCUGUUGAGAUCUUUGGUAUGACAGUAUAAAUCAGUUUUUUUUUGCAUGAAUAAAAAAAUAGUGAAUUAAAUAAGCUAAACCAAAAAGGAGUCUGGUAUGUGGGUUCUUAAGAGAUCAUUGUUUUGUCCUUUUCAGAAUGUACCUUUUGUAUUUAAUAUGCAAACAGGCUAAGAAAAAAUGCUUCUUUCCAUUUCAGUGGGAUAAAAACAUUUUAUGCUGAUGAAUUACUCGAUAUUGGACCAGUAGAGUCUGCAUUUUGUUAAAGGCUUUCCUGUGUGCAGUGACUGUAACACAAGAAACAAAUGGAUGUAAUUUUGUUGAACUUUUAAGCAUCAUGCUGUUUAUAUUUUUUCUGAAUUAUGAUUGUAUUGCUUUAAGAGCAGGGUUGACCCAGUCAGUCAUGUUCUAAUAUCUUUACCAGCAAACCAUGCUAGAACUGUAUUUUCUUCAGUCAGUUUGGAUGUAACUAUUUUUUACUAUGAUCAGUAAACUGUUGAAAGGAUUCCCUGCACUUCCGCUUCUUUCAAGUAUAAUCACUGAAAGCAGUAGAAAUUGAUUGUGUUGUUUCUUCCUCUUUCCUUUUUUUCCAGUUUUGACUAUAUGUUAGAGCUUUAUUUUCAGAAUAUAUGUAUCUAUUUAUUUGUAUGUAUAACAUCGCUUUGAGUAGUACAGAUUCAAAAAUCAAAUAUUCUUAAUAAAGCAUUUUGAUGCUU